AUGAGGCGGGAAGCGGGAGGGAGAAGAGCGCCGGGGGCGGGCUGGCCGCCGGGGCUCCCGCGCCACCGGGCGGCGCUGGCGCUGCUGCCUCAGGCGGGCUGGGGUCGCCCGGCAACGCGGUGGACGCGGCGGCAGCCUGCAGCGAUGGCCUCCAAGGCGAGCAAGAAGAAGGAGCUCCUGAGCCGCAACAGCUCCGGGCUCCUGGGCGGCCCUAUCAAAGAGAGGACUAUGUCUUUCCAAAUAGGUGCGGCCAGUGAGUCAAAAAAAGGGAAAUUUCCCAUUUGGCCAGAGUGGAAUGAAGCAGAUAUCAAUGCAGAAAAAUGGGAUGCAGGAAAACCUGGAAAAGAGAAAGAAAAAUCUGGAAGAAGUCCUAUUUUAGUAAUCUUUGAGGAUCCUGAAGGGAAAAUAGAACUGCCACUGUCCUUAAAAGUGAAUUCAUGGAAACGACCACAUGAGUUUUUAACAAAUAAGGUUCCUGUGGUAGUCCUCAAUGAAACCACAUUUGACCUUUUUUCAGCAAAUGAGCAUAUAUUUUGUAGCGAGUUGAUGAGAUGGAUUGUAAGUGAAAUUUGUGCAGUCUGGAGGAUAUAUAAUGGAAAAGUUUUAACUAGUGAAAUGUCUACAAUUUUUUGGAAACCAUGGGAACAUAUUUAUGCCUUAUGUAAAGCUACUAGAGGACACAUGCCCCUGUACAAUAGCUAUGGAAAAUAUAUAGUGAAACUUUACUGGAUGGGGUGCUGGAGAAAGAUCAUUGUGGAUGAUACUAUGCCUUUCAACGAAGAUGAUAAUUUGUUACUACCAGCUACAACCUAUCAAACUGAACUUUGGCCAAUGCUGCUCUCCAAAGCUAUCAUUAAGCUUGCAAAUACUGAUAUACGUGAAAGUGGAAAAAGAGAGCUAGAGGAAUUUACAGUUUUACAUGCACUGACUGGAUGGAUACCAGAACUUAUUCCUAUCCAGUCUGGUUACUUGCAUAAAGUUUGGGACUUUUUGAAAGAGAUUGUGCCGGAAUUUAAGCUGCCAAAUGGGAAAAGUCCAGAACUUGAUAUUUCUCAGCCAUAUAUACAACCAAAAGAGACCAAAACUUUUGAGUUAAAGAAUGAAAUAUCACCUGGGAGUAAACAGUCAGAUAAACCUGAGAAAGCAGAGAAAGCUGAUAAAGUUGGCAAAGAAAAAGCAGAGCAGAAAGAAACUGGAAAGAGGAAAAGCAGAGAUGGAGAAAGAGAAAAAAACAAGCCAUCACUUCAGUCCUUACGAAUCUCAGCAGAUAUUCAAAGCUCUCUUCAAGCCUUAACGGAGAAUUCCUUAGUGUCAGCCCAGCCACAAAUGAUAGUGUAUGCUAGCUGUAUACCACUACAUUUGUUUGAAGAGAAGAUUUUUUCAUUAAGCCAGAUGGCUGAUUCUUCAGAGAAGUUGAGACAAUACGGACUUUCCCACCUAUAUAGCCAUCCUGUCCUGAUUACUAGGACUAGGUCCUGCCCUCUGGUAGCACCACCAGAACCACCGUUGGUUCCUCGCUGGAAGCUUUUCCGUCAGAAAAAAGAAACUAUUGUGACAUCUGAACCUCAAGAGCCUGUAAUAAAGAAAUCUGAAGAAUAUGUUGAGAUUGCUAGCCUGUUUUUGAAUUAUAAAAUCAACAUUCUCACAUUACCAACAGAUAUUCACUUCUCAAAGGCUACCGUCAAAAAGGGAUUUCAGUCCAUGUGCUUUCUCCCUUCUGUUACUGAAAAUGAUGAAAAUGAAAAUGACAUUAAUGUGGAUAUGAAUCAAAGACGCUUAAAAGCAGAAGAUAAUUCUCAGCAGAAAGUUAGUAACUGGAGUAAACCUGCCUUUGGAUCAGAAGCUCAUCCAAGUCAUUGGGGCAUCACAGAGGCACUAGAAGAAUUACAUGAGAAUAUUAGUUUUCGUGCAACACAAACAUCAGAAGCAGUUGAUACUGGUAUUAAUAGCCAGAUGGUGAAUAAAUCAAAGGAAGAAAUUGAGUCAAAAAAGAAUUCUGUUUCCAAGGAAACCUGGAUUAGCUUUGAAGACUUCUGUAUUUGUUUCCAGAACCUGCAUGUUUUCCACAAACCACAUACAUAUGCUUAUAACUAUCAGAAGGCAGAUUUUAAGUCUACUGAUGAUCGAAUCUUCUAUUACUUAUUUGUGGACAGUCUGAAGCCCAUUGAAAUCCUGAUUAGCUUUUCUGCAUUAGUACGCUGGGGUGACAUUGGAGCUACUCAAGAGGAAGGCUCUGAUAUUGCAAAGGGGGUGCUGAUGGUUGAACGUUUCUCUUGGAAACGUGUGGCUCUGGGUGAACUUGUGUUAAAGUUGCAUACAUACGCAACCAAAGCUACUGUGUUAAAUCUUCCUGCUGGGCGACAUGUGCUGCUCUUCACUGUAAGUUCUCCCAUAGGACAUCAUAUUCAUCUGUGUAGUAUGGUGCCAUGUGUCUUUGGAGAAGAAGAUACUGUAAUGACAAAUCUUGAGAAGGAGAGCUACCGGUUUAUAGAACAGGCUACAGCUAUCCUGAAAGCUAUUGGAAAUGUGAUAAAUAAUUUCGGCAGUGAGCCUGAACUUUCUAGAGCCGUGAAGGGGUUGGAAGUAACUCACUGUCCUCCUGGCCUCCAGGGUGCUAGAAUUGUUGAAGAACACUUCAAGGUUUUCAACAGUGCAUUCUGGUAUUUGAUCAAACAUGUGUUAGACAGCAGGGUUCCUCCCAAUUAUGGAUUUGCUUUCAGAUCCUUCACUUUGGAUUUUAAAGCCACUGAGGCUUCUGAGAAUGACAGUGUGUCUUCAGAGGCUUUCGACAUACCUUUCCUUAAUAGCUGGCAGAACAGAGCUCCCACUUCUGAAGAAGAAGCAGCAGCACUCAAACUUCAAGCCAGCUGGAGAGGGACCUAUGUUAGGAAAGUGAUAAAUGGCAGAAAACCAGGUACUAAAGAAAAUGCUGUUGUCAAAGAAACCCUGCAAAAAUUGUGGGCUCUGAUUGAGAUAAAUUUUGAACAGUGUGCUGUAAUUUUGUUGAGAGAAAUGUUUAAAAGUAACUGUAAGUCAAUUGAAAAGUUUCCUUGUUAUGAAGAUGAAUUGUCCAAGAUCUCAUUUGUUGACUAUGUUGUAACAUAUGCUGAUCAGCCACCAAAUGUUUGGUUUGUGGUUUUUAGAGAGACAUUUUAUGUUCCAGAAGACAUGCUUAUAGUGCCCAAGAUGUAUACUUCUAUCCCUACCUGUAGACUCCAUGUAGUUGAUAAUGACACAUUGGAGGAAAUGCCACAUGUCUUUUUCAAAGUGGCACCUCGUAUUUAUCCCAAGAAUAAGAAAGGAUACACUUUUAUGGCUGAAGCACAUACUGGUGACUUAUCUAUGGCAUCUGGGAGAUGGAGGCUCCGGCUCAUUGGUUCCCAUAGUCCACUCCCUUUCCUCUCUCGGGAGGCUGUAAACAACUUCUAUUCUACUAAAGAAAUUAAAGACUAUUACAUACCCAAUAGCAAGCAUAUAAUAUUCAGGUAUUCAGUAAAAGCCACAACAUCACAUAUUGCUACUGUGCAGGUACAAACCUCUAAAUCUGAUGUGUUCAUUAAACUACAAGUCCUAGAUAAUGAGGAAGAAAUUGUGAGUGUUACUGGAAAGGGACAUGCAGUCAUCCCUGCUUUUAAUUUCCUGAGUAAUGAAAGGCUUUCGAGUUCCUCAUCAAGCAGAGGCCAGCUUAUUCAAAACAGCACAAGGAAGGAAUCAGAAACUGGAGGAUUCAAAAAGAAAGGUUUUAUUCCAUCUCCGAAGAGUACCAAAUCUUCUAUAAGGCCAGGAUUUGUACAAGAAGAUCCAGCUAUAUUAGAAGAUGAAUCUUUUAUUCUGGUAAGCUUUGAAAAGAAAGUUUAAAGUCCACAACUGUCUCACGAGUAUAUUAUACAAGCAUUGGUGUUAUAUAAUAGCUGGCCACUUACUGAGAGUGAGAUUCUGUUUGUUCAGGAACUGAAAGAAAUGGAGAAAAAUGAAAUCAAAGUACAUGGGGAAAAGAAUGAGGAACACAGUUUCCCCCAAAUGCUUGAUUAUGCUGAAGGACAGAAACGUGCAAGUACUCCUAAAUCAUGCAGAAAGACAAAAGAUAAAGUAACUGAGAAAACAGAAAAAGAAAAGUGCAAUAAAGAUAAAGAAUCACUUAGUUGGCUUAUGUUUACCAUACCUCACUUUCAGCAAGCUGCUCCAAGCAAACCGUACUGGACCUUACGCCUAGUUAGUGAACAGAGAGAGGCAGAAGUUCUGGAAGUGAAGAAGGACACACAGAGAGCAGCUGAGAUCAAAGCCAUAAAACAAGCAUGGGAGUCUGCAGAGCCAGGAAGAGCUGUCAAGGCUUUUCAGGAACGCAUGCAGUUUAUUAAUAAGUAUGUUGUGAGAGGUUCAGCGGAGCCCAUAACUGAGAAUGAGGACAGAAAUUUAACACCUAGUCCAGGAGAAAGAGAUUCUAUUUCUCUUACCACUGAAGAGAAACCAUCACAAGCAGUUACGGAUUCAAGCUUACAAAUGCAGCGAAAGAAAUGGGAGCCUAUAGACUGUAGUGUCUACAUGAGAAAAACAAUGUCUGAGUCUGUUCUAAGAACUGAGUCUAUCAUUCAGCAGCAAGAGAUGCGUAAAGCAGAAAAAAUCAACCAUUUUAGGGAACUUCGAGAGCUGGCUCUGGAAGAAAGGAAAAAAGAACAAAAAGCUAGGACUUUAUUGAAGCAAAACAUACUUGAAAUGUAUGAGAAUCUGCAGGCAUCCUUAGACGAAACACGAGGCAGAAUUCUCAGCAUUCGGGAAGCAUACAGAAGUAAGCUGCUUGAGGCUGAGCUCAGGAAACAAGAAGUGCUGGCAGCUGAUGAAGCAGUCCUGCAAGCAGAGAAAGAGAAGAAAAGCCCAGAUGCCCCCCAAAAAAAGCAAGGAAAAGGUUUAGGGAAAAAAAAGUAA